GGCAGCCCAUAUUUAGAGCCCAAACAUUUAAAAAAUGAACUAAUGAAAACAGAAACGCCAAACUCUGGAAUGUAUUGUGUCCCCCUCACAAUUACGCAUCCCUUAUCCUUUUGGAUCUGUGGCAGAUGAAGGUUUAGGGACUGCUGUGUUACCACCUCGCACCAUAUAUAUUCAUUGAGAGAUGGACUUUGCCAUCAACCAUCACACCUGCGCCACGCAGGAAGCAAACAUUACCAAAAGUCCCAGAAAGCUCCUGUUUGACUCUUGGUGGGCACACACUUUGCACACUCAUCCACCAGUACGCGAGCUGCCGGGCCUUUCACUUUUCACACUGUUUAGCCUGCUCUCCGGGUGCCUGAACACUGCACUCAGAGGCAUGACUGCGGUACGUGUAGGCAAAGCAACUCAGAGAUUAACCGAAGUGGAGCUACAGCAGCAAAGGCCGCGCAGCUCCUGCUGGGGAACACGGGUUUGACCUCAAGCAGCUGGAUUGUGCUGGUGGCAUUUCUCCGCUGCUGUGAGCCCAGCGCAAAGCCAGCUCCGCUAUGUGCCUGUGUGGGCCGUCGUCAUGCUGACCGCAGUGUAGGCAAGCCCAUGGUCUAGGAGAGGCACUGCCCAACAGCUAAUGUGACUCGUGGUGUCAGCCUCCGGGCGUGAAUUUGCAGGCACGUUUGCUGCCAAUGCUGGAUCCUGAGGCCACGUGGGGAAGGCGGGGAUGUGUUUACACACACGGGGCCUGACCCUGGGAGGAGUGAAACUUUAUACUUUCACGAGCGAAGUGAUCAACGGGGAGAUGCAGUUCUAUGCCAGGGCCAAACAUUUCUACCGGGAGGUGCCGGCGACGGAAGAGGGCAUGAUGGGAGAUUACGUCGAGCUGUCCAGUGUGGAUAUUAAAUCCUCCAGGGAAUUCCUUAGGAAGUUUGUUGGGGGUCCUGGGAAAGCUGGCACCGACUGUGCCCUCGACUGCGGUUCAGGGAUCGGACGGGUCACCAAGCAUGUCCUCUUGCCCGUUUUCAAGAGCGUGGAACUGGUGGAUAUGAUGGAGAGUUUCCUGGCUGCGGCCCAGAACUAUUUACAGGGCAAGGAGGAGAGAGUAAAGAUGUACUAUUGCUCCAGCCUCCAGGAAUUCACUCCAGCCCCCCAGAAAUAUGAUGUCAUCUGGAUACAGUGGGUUUCAGGAAACCUGACGGACAAAGAUCUCCUGGAGUUUCUGAUCCGGUGUCAGAAUGGCUUGAAGGACAACGGCGUUGUCAUCCUGAAGGACAACGUGGCCCGGGAGGGCUGCAUCCUGGACCCCUUAGACAGCAGUGUGAUCCGAGACCUGAGCAUCCUCCGGCGCCUCGUUGAGAAAAGCGGACUCGCCAUCCUGGAGCAGGAGAGGCAGGAGGACUUUCCCGAGCAGUGUGUCCCCGUCUGGAUGCUGGCCCUGCAGAAGGCCUUUCCUGAAAGGGAGGGUGUGUGGGUGCGAAGCCCCUGAGACAAGAUGGAUGCUCGGGGCUUGCAAGAAGAGGAAGCAGAGAAAAUGGCAGCUAAAAUCCCACGAGUGCCACACCCCUGUUCCCAUAACGACAGGCCUCUGAGUCAUCGCCCUGCUCCCAGAGCCAAGCUGCCUCGUCUUCAUGUCCUCCUCGCUGUGAGAUUUCUAGUUUGGUAACGGGCUAAGACUCAGCUGUGAGGAAGUAAUUAGGCUACAGCUUUCCAAAGUGACCAGAGAGUCUCCACUAUUGGGGGCCCAAUUCGAGAUGCAAUAACAAAGCCAUUUUUCCCCCCUUCAGAAAUCGGGUGCUCUGCAUUUCCUGGAAAAUCAGGACGAUUCAAGCUGUGUGGUUCAUAACACUGUGGGCUCUUGGCAUGGAAAAUGUCAGGAGUGUCUAAUGUACUUGCUGUCAGUUAUGCUGUCUGUUUGUUUGUUUAUUUUUGCAUUUCACUCCCUUUGGACAGUGAAACGAAUCUGGUUGAUUUCAUAUAUUUAAGUUAAUUUCAUUUCUUUCUUCUCCUGCCCUAGAUGGGGGCUGUUAGGGUUCUUCUGC